CUUGACAAUUUUUUCUACAGAUAAACCGCAGAAUGAUUCUCCAAAGAAGAGCAGCUGUUCUUGCUCAAUCCUAUAGCUGUGUGAUAAAAGAUUGUCAAAACUUAUUUAGGUUGAUGUUUGCUUCCUUCUGUGUGCUCUUCUUGGUUCUUGAGAUAAAAUUCUUUUACAUUUAAUGUUCCAAAAUACAUAGUUCAGGCGGCUGCAAAGACUGGAAGCUUAUGACCUGCUUAAUCAAAAAUCCUGUAUUUUCUUUUAACCGUGAAAGAAAACAGGAGGUAGCAGUGUUGAGUAUGAAGUUUAUUCAGUUUCGAGCAAGAAAAAUGGAGAGUAUACAGAAAAUUUCUUCCAGGAUGUAGGAGAUUGAUUUUGUUUGUCUUUAUCAGACUGCUCUGAGAAAAUACAACUUUUUCACCUUCAGAAUGAAUGGAUCAGCGUGAC